ACUUAGAGAGAAACACAGAGUGCGCUCAACAUAACACAACAUAAAUCCCAAAAAUGGAGUUUCUUGGUUAUCUGGUGUGCUCUAUGGUUUUCUUGAUACUCAUCCGUGGCCUUGCAUUGUUUCGUAGAAGAAGAACACUCCCACCAGGCCCCACUGGCCUCCCUCUAUUCGGCAACCUCUUCGAGGUCGGUCCGAAGCCCCACGAAUCACUGGCAAAGCUAGCCAAGACGUAUGGCCCACUCAUGACCAUACGUAUGGGCAGCAGAACUAGCGUGGUGGCUUCUUCGCCGGAGGUAACCAGAGAAAUCCUUCAGAAAAACGACGAGGCCUGCUCUGGCAGAAUCGUCCCCGACGCUGCCACCGGGCAAAAGCACCACUACCUGGCCCUGGUGUGGAUCUCCACGGUCGAACAAUGCCGGUUGAUUCGCCGCGCGCUGAGCAUAUACCUGACAAACCAACAAAAACUUGACACUUUGCGAGGACUAAGACACAAAGCUGUGGGAGAGAUGAUUCAACAUGUUAGAGAGACGAGAGAUCGAAGCCUGGCGAUCGGAGAGUUGGCAUUCAUUACUGCUCUGAAUAUGAUGUCCAACACUUGUUUCUCUGUAAAUGUGGCUGGGUUCGAGUCUGGAGAGGCACAGGGGUUCCUGAAUGCAGUGAAGACAAUCAUGGUGGUUGAUGGGAAGUUUAACAUUGCAGAUGUGUUUCCAUGGUUGAAGCCUUUGGAUCCUCAGGGAUUAAGGACCAAAGCCAAGGUUGCUUAUGGGUGGCUUGAUGAUGUCUGUGAUGGGUUCAUCACUCGGCGGCUCAAGCACAGAGAGUCGAAUCUGCUGAGUUAUGGGGAUUUAUUGGAUUCCCUUCUUGACUACAGCCAAGAGCAUCAUGAGUCUGAAUUCAACUGCAAAAAUAUCAAAGUCUUGCUUGGGGAGCUACUACUUGCAGGAACUGAAACAAGUUCAAACACAGUUGAGUGGGCAAUGACUGAACUGCUACUGCAUCCCAAUAUAAUGUCGAAAUUGCGUGAAGAAAUUACAAAAACAAUAGGACCAGAAGGAACAAUAGAAGAAUCCAAGAUCAUUGCAUUGCCCUAUUUACAUGCUGUAGUGAAAGAAACAAUGAGGCUGCACUUAGCAGUGCCUCUUCUCAUACCCCACAAGACCGAGACAGACGUGAAGCUGCGCGGUUUUCUCAUUCCUAAAAACACCCAAAUCUUUGUGAAUGCAUGGGCCAUUGCUCGAAACCCUAGUUAUUGGGAAAACCCAACUCAAUUCAUGCCCGAGAGGUUUUUGAGGUCCGAAAUGGACUACAAAGGCCAAAAUUUCUCCUUUCUUCCUUUCGGUUCUGGGCGUCGAAUGUGUCCCGGUAUUCCUCUUGCUCAAAGGGUUGUGAGCCUGAUGAUUGCUUCGCUCGUGUAUCAUUUUGACUGGAAGCUUCCUGAGGGCGUGACACCGGAAAAUUUGGACAUGGCUGAUACUUUUGGCAUCACACUACAAAGGGCAACGCCGCUUCGUGCUAUUCCAGUGGCUAGAAGAGACUGAACUUGACGAAAUAAAUCUCAACCUUCACAACAAUAUGCUAAAGAAGUGAUAAUAAUGAAUAAUGGUGUUACACACACUAAUUACUAUGUUAAUUAGUGUAUCAACACAUGAUAUAACAAUAUAAUUUUAAAAUUAUAAUUCUACUUAUUAUACAAAUUAUAAUAAUUCAAAGAUAUUAAAAUUAUGUCA